AUGGUGAAGAUCGGCGUCCAGCAGCCGCCGGCGGCUCUCAAGCCGGAGAAGGAGAAGGCGGCGGGGGGCGAUGGGGCGGCGGGCGCCGUGCUGCUGCCGCCGGGCGCCGUGAGUGCGGGGCAGGGGCGGGCGGGCGCGGCGGCCCGGGCUGAGGAGCCAGCUCCUGCGGUGCAGGGCCGGAGGUCAUCGCUCAGUGGGGUGUGCUACCUGACCAUGGGUCUCCUUGUACUGCUCCUGGGCUUGGUCUUUGCAUCGAUGUAUGUGUACAGAUACUUCUUCAUCACCCAGCUGCCCCGUGAGAGCGUGUUUCACUGCGGCGUCCUUUACGAAGACUCGCUGUAUUCACCGUUUAAAGGGCAGCUGGAGUUGCACGAAGAUGUCAAGAUUUACAUUGAGGAGAACUACGAGCAAAUCAACGUCCCAGUGCCCCAGUUUGGAGGGAGCGACCCUGCGGAUAUCAUCCACGAUUUCCAGCGAGGUCUGACAGCUUAUCACGACAUAACGCUGGAUAAAUGCUAUGUCAUCGAGCUGAACACCACUAUCGUGAUGCCUCCUCGCAACCUGUGGGAGCUGCUGGUUAACGUGAAGAAAGGGACAUAUCUGCCUCAGACAUACAUAAUCCAGGAGGAGAUGAUCGCGACUGAGCACGUCAGUGACAUGGAGCAGCUCGGCUCCUUCAUCUACCGCCUCUGCAGCGGCAAGGAGACCUACAGGCUGAAGCGGAGGAGCGCGAGGAGACGUAUCAGUCGACGUGAGGCUGGAAACUGUCACCGUAUUCGUCACUUUGAAAACACUUUUGUGGUCGAAACUGUUAUCUGCAAAAAGUCAUGAAGCCACCCUCCAGAUGUAACCUUCCUUGGCUUUGCUUGCACACACAUGCACACACAUGCUCUCAGCCUUCUCUUUAGACAUGGUAAUCUGUCUUAAUUUUUUUAAUCCCGCCCCUGCUUGUGCAGCUCUAAUCUCUUGGGUCUAUUGUGGCCUCACAGUGGAUUCUCUUCGCUCCCUGCUACCUACCUGAGACAUUUGCUGGGCUUAAAUUUACACAGUGGUCAAAAAUAACCUGGGAGUAGAUGCAGCUUCUUCCACACCAUGGGACGGGAAUCUCUUUUGGGAGCAGGUUUGGGGUAGAAGGAAUGGCCGAGAAA